AAACACGUGAUCGGUAUUUACGGAAGUGUGUCCGUCGUCGGUCAUCGUUCCUCUUUUAUCAUAACCUGCUGUAUAAAAAACAAAGCCAACGCGUAACGUCGCAUCCUAUUUCCCCGUGUGAAUAAUGCCUUUUAUUUAAUUCAACAAUCAACGGACCUAGGUUGGUGUGUGCGUCGGCUCAUCUAGCGGUAUGAUGUAGUUAGACCGCGGAUCAGAAGGAUAAAACGACCAGCUUAUAACCAAUGCUGAGGUCAUUACUGCAACCGUCCCGCUGUUAAACGACGGUUUACAGUGCUUUGAGGCUGCUGUGGCCCUUCUGUCCAUCCAUAACCCACCCAUCCAUCCAUUAUCCAUCCACUAGCUGCACCGGCACCAUGGGGGCCGAACAAAGCGUGGAUGCAGAGCACAAGCACUCUGAUUACACCUCCACAGUGAUGCCCUCCCCGGCGAAGCAGAAGGCGAAGAUGGACGACAUCGUAGUGGUGGCCCCAGGUACCACGGCCCUCAGGAACAUCCACAGCGACCCCGACGUCAUCAAGCUCCAGGAGAUCCCCACCUUCCAGCCACUGCUGAAAGGCGUGCUGAGUGGCCAGACGUCCCCCAUCAGCGUGAGCCUGGAGCGGCUGGACUCGGCCCAGGUCAUGCAGCUCUGCCUACGCUACCAGGACCACCUGCACCAGUGCGCCGAGGCAGUGUCCUUCGACCAGAACGCGCUAGUCAAGAGGAUCAAGGAGAUGGACCUGUCGGUGGAGACCCUGUUCGCCGUCAUGCAGGAGCGGCAGAAGCGCUACGCUAAGUACGCGGAGCAGAUCCAGAAGGUCAACGAGAUGUCCAUGAUCCUGCGCCGCGUGCAGAUGGGCGUCGACCAGACGGUGCCCCUGAUGGAGCGGCUCAACAACCUGCUGCCAGAGGCCGAGCGCCUGGAGCCCUUCAGCAUGCGGCCCGACCCCCCGGGGACGGACCCCGGCCCCCCAAAAUGACACCCCCCCCCCCCCCCCGACUGAGACACAGGGCUGGGAAGGGGGGGAGGGAGCACCUGGAGCCCUUUAGCAUGAUGCCCAACGCCCCGGGGAUAGACCCGGGCCCCCCCAAGUGACCCCCGGGGAGGGAGGGACUAUUAGGAGAGAACGGGGGAGACAGGGGGAGAGAAUAAGUGAGUGAGUGUGAUGGUGUGUGAGUUAGCGGGGGAUAGAGGGGUGGAACGGCGAAACCUGAGAGACUUGAAUGAGACUGAUGAAUCCUGGUUUAACUUCCUCUGCCUGAGAGGUCGUGGAUUAAUCCCUCAACAGAAGGAACUCUGAUCCCCUUAUGUAUUUUAUCUCUUUAUUAGUAUGCGUUGCUGCCCUAGCCCCUGCUCCAGUCAAUUAAAAUAAGGGCCCCUUUAUUUCACUAUGGCCGUGGCUUUUAACUGAAAAACUGCCAUCAGUGAAACGGCCGAUAACGAAUAUUAUUUUAGACACAAUUAGUAUUUUGUGGUGAAAUACAGAAGGCUUAUUAAAUGUUGGCUUACUGUAGUUGUACUGUGUCAAUCCCCGUCCAUAUAGAAACAUCAUUCAUCAACCCAUUGACGGCUGAACGAGCGUCAUGACCGCCGCUGUCCUCAAGGGGGAACUGUCGCAUCAGAACUAGUGGAAGCGUUAAAAAGCAUCCCCUGUUGGACUUUCUAUUUGGAUAAGGAACGUCUUGGAAAAAAAAAAAAAGUCUGCCUGCUUCCUGAAUGAAGCAGCAUGUGUGUGAAUGUAGAAUAUCUAAAGUGUUAAAAGGCCUGGACAAUUUAAUAAUAAUCGCCUUGCACUGCCGAAAACAUGCUACAUUUUCACACAGACACUCGUGUUGAUUUCUUUGCAAGCCCAUAAAUCUUAAGUUUUCAGUUAA